AUGUUUGAUGCACCGCAGCGUGGAACGGCAGCGUUGUGGCGGCUCUCGAAUGGGUCAAUUUUUCCCCAAGGAACGAACACACUUAACUUCCACACUGGCAUCGAUCCGUUGUACACGGCUGGUGGUGUACAGAAAGCGAACUGGGCUGGGCUGCUGCAGAGCUUAUGCCAUGUGUCAAGGGAUACUGGGUCCCGACUAAACGAUUUUGUGGCGUUGAACCAGUUUGUGGAGAGGACGUGUUUCGCUUUGGAGGUGCCAGGUGCCGGGUCCAACGCAGCGAUGCCCGCCUCCGCUCGGGAUUAUCGGCCGGAGGCUGACCCCGACGUCCGGCCGCAAACAGAUUGA